AUGACUGAAAACAUCACAAGUUUUUGCCAUACAUGUUUACAAUGUGCCAAUAACUUAAAACCUAUGAAUUUACUAGAACAAAAUUUAUUUAAAAGACUUUUAUUGAAGACUGAAUAUGACAAUAAGUUGCUUCUCUGUUCCCUGUGUCACCAUUUAUUAGGAAAAGUGGCAAAGUUUAUAAAGCAGUGUCAAUUAGCACAGGAGUAUUUGCAGUCACUGCACCAAGUAAUACCUGCCAUAGAGAGAGUUUACAGCCUAUCCACGUCUGAAAUUAAGAGUGAUUCCUUGGAUUUUGUUUCAAUCAAAGCAGAGAACUCUGACGAUGAAGAUGAUAUGCCAUUAACAUUUUUAGCAAAUGAUGGUUGUGAGGACUUUGAUGAUGACCAAAAACCUCUAUCACAGACCCUGAGUGAAGAAAUACUGGUCUUUCAAAAUGAUAUCACAGAUUUUAUUGACCCAUCAUCUAAUGGAACGAAGACACACGAACCUGUGAACAAUAAAUCCAAAAUAAAGUUAUAUAAAAACCGCAAAAAGAGUAAAAAAGAUGCAAUACCAGCGGGAUUUUCUUCUAGAAUGGUCCGGGAAACCAAUGAGUAUACAGUUAUUAAACUAACCAAAGAACAGGUAUUAGAAGAAAUGUCAACGAACAAACAAACAAAUGAAAAAUACAAAGAGGCGCCGUACAAAUGCGAACAGUGUGUCAAAUAUUUUAACUUCGAGGAUGUGUUGCUGGGUCAUAUGGAGAAACACUCGCCGAAAAAUGGCACGUUCAAAUGCGAUAUAUGUACACAAUAUUGCCCUAGCGCUGUAUCUCUGCGAGGUCAUAUGAAGUCACAUACAACUAAGUACAAAUGCAAAGUCUGCAAUAUCAUACGCCUGUCCCGGCAACACAUAAUCGAACACUAUUUACUGGAUCACACGGCCUAUACGCCGGACUAUAAGUGUAAUAAUUGCAAUUUUACAACUAACAAACGAACAGUGAUGCAGCGACAUGCCCGAACUCACUCGGAGAGUGGACAUUUUACCUGUCACGAGUGUGGGAGAACAUUCAAGAGUAAGGAAACCCUGCGUGUUCAUACGACCCGCCAUGAUGCUAAGAAGCGUUUUUCCUGUGACAGUUGCAAACGGUCCUUCAUAUUCAAAUCUCUUCUACAAAAGCACAUUCGGUCUGUGCACAUAGACAAAGAGUCUUAUUGCGUCGAGUGUGACACCAGCUUUACGUCUAUGGAAGCUCUGAAACAACACUUCAAACGUAGCAAAAAACAUACCGAUCCAACUGAAUACAAGCACCAAUGUACCAUUUGUCUGGAGAAGUUUCUAACCAAAGCCAGACUGGACUACCACGAAACGAGUCUCCAUAAUGUACCGAAGACGACGCAAUGCGGACGCUGCAGCCGUGUUUACAGCGGGACCGAAGCCCUAAACUUACACGUGAGGAGGGCGCACUCUAGCGGAGAGAUGAAGAAUCAGUUUGAUUGCGGUGUUUGCUACAAGAUGUUUACUAGGAAAUCUGGCCUUAAAGUCCACAUGAGGAUACACACAGGGGAAAGACCUUAUUCCUGCCACUGUGGUGAUUCCUUCACCCAACAGGCUUCAUUGAAAGCGCACCAGGCAGCCAAACACAAGAAAUGA